CUCCACUCCUAUCUCUGAUCGCUCUUUGUCAUCUGGCAAGAUGUUCAAGAGCGGCAUUUCCUCCUUCGCCCGCGCGGCUCGCCCGGCCGUCCUUCCUCGACGUGCCCUCCGACCUUCCGCUCUCCGACUUCCCAUCUCCAGCCGAUGGGCCAGCACUGGCGUUGGCGCCGGCAAGAUUCACCAGGUCAUCGGUGCCGUCGUUGACGUCAAGUUCGAUGGUGCUAAGCUCCCUGCCAUUCUCAACUCUCUUGAGUGCCAGAACAAUGGCCAGAAGCUUGUCCUCGAGGUUUCCCAACAUUUGGGUGAGAGCGUCGUCCGUUGCAUUGCCAUGGACGGUACUGAGGGUCUCGUCCGAGGCGCUACUGUCCAGGACACCGGUGCUCCCAUCACUAUUCCCGUCGGCCCCGCGACUCUUGGUCGUAUCAUGAACGUUACUGGUGACCCCAUUGACGAGCGUGGUCCUAUCAAGACUGACAAGCGCCUUCCUAUCCACACCGAAGCCCCCGAGUUCGUUGAGCAGUCCACCUCUGCUGAGGUCCUCGUCACUGGUAUCAAGGUUGUCGAUCUUCUUGCCCCCUACGCCCGUGGUGGAAAGAUUGGUCUCUUCGGUGGUGCCGGUGUCGGCAAGACUGUCUUCAUUCAGGAGCUUAUCAACAACAUCGCCAAGGCCCACGGUGGUUACUCCGUCUUCACUGGUGUCGGUGAGCGUACCCGUGAGGGUAACGAUCUGUACCACGAAAUGCAGGAGACUUCCGUCAUUCAGCUUGAUGGCGAGUCCAAGGUCGCCCUGGUUUUCGGUCAGAUGAAUGAGCCCCCUGGAGCCCGUGCCCGUGUCGCCCUUACUGGAUUGACUGUUGCUGAGUACUUCAGAGAUGCUGAAGGUCAGGACGUGCUUCUCUUCAUUGAUAACAUUUUCCGAUUCACUCAAGCCGGUUCUGAGGUGUCUGCCCUUUUGGGUCGUAUCCCCUCUGCCGUCGGUUACCAGCCCACUCUCGCCGUCGAUAUGGGUGGUAUGCAGGAGCGUAUUACCACCACCCAGAAGGGUUCCAUUACCUCGGUCCAGGCUGUCUACGUCCCUGCUGACGAUUUGACUGAUCCUGCCCCUGCCACCACUUUCGCCCAUUUGGACGCCACCACUGUCUUGUCUCGUGGUAUCUCUGAGUUGGGUAUCUACCCCGCUGUCGACCCUCUCGACUCCAAGUCCCGUAUGUUGGACCCCCGAGUUGUUGGUCAGGAGCACUACGACACCGCCACCCGUGUUCAGCAGAUCCUCCAGGAGUACAAGUCUCUUCAGGAUAUCAUUGCUAUUCUGGGUAUGGAUGAGUUGUCUGAGGCCGACAAGCUUACUGUCGAGCGUGCCCGUAAGAUCCAGCGUUUCCUGAGCCAGCCUUUCACUGUUGCCCAGGUUUUCACUGGUAUUGAGGGUAAGCUCGUCGACCUUAAGGAGACCAUCAACUCCUUCAAGGCCAUUCUGAGCGGUGAGGGUGAUAACCUUCCCGAGGGUGCCUUCUACAUGGUUGGUGACUUCGCCUCCGCCAAGGCCAAGGGUGAGAAGAUUCUUGCUGAGCUUGAGGGUCAGUAAGGGGUUUAAGUAUCGAAGUUAAUGCCGCGGGAGACGGGAGGAGAGAAAUAAGGACCUUUGUAUAGAGCAGAGGAAACAAGGUCCGGGAGGUUUCUCAUGGGCUCCAUCAAGUCUCUUUUGUGAGCUGUGUACCAAGAAAUCAACAAAAUUCCUCUUGUAGCCAUAUCAAGCUUUUCUUUUUUACUAAGUGA